GGGACCUUGUAGCCUCUUCGGCCCCCCUCCAGUCCGGAGAGACACAAGUUAUCCGGGAGGCAGCCGAAGGGCCGCAGAUCUCCUCUGAUCUUCUCGGUUUUUCUUUUUUUCCUCCUCUUCCCGCUCUUCAUCCUUCCUGUAUGGUGGAUAUCAUCUUCAGCUCUUCUUUCUUGGGUGAUAUGGGGGAUCAUUCCAAAAAGAAGCCAGGAUUCGCCAUGUGUGUAGGAUGUGGAAGUCAGAUCCAUGACCAGUACAUACUGAGAGUCUCCCCCGACCUGGAGUGGCACGCAGCCUGCCUGAAGUGCGCAGAGUGCAGCCAGUACCUGGAUGAGACCUGCACUUGUUUCGUCCGGGACGGAAAAACUUACUGCAAAAGAGAUUAUGUAAGGUUGUUUGGAAUAAAAUGCGCAAAAUGCAACCUGGGAUUCAGCAGCAGCGACCUGGUGAUGAGGGCUCGGGGUAACGUCUACCACAUCGAGUGCUUUCGGUGCUCGGUGUGCAGCAGGCAGCUGCUGCCGGGAGACGAGUUCUCUCUGCGGGAAGAGGAGCUGCUCUGCCGGGCGGACCACAGCCUGCUGCUGGAGCGGAGCCCUGCAGGAAGCCCCAUCAGCCCCGGACACAUCCACCCCAACAGACCGCUGCACCUGACAGCAGACCCGGUUACUGUACGGCAGGCCCCGCACCGGAACCACGUCCACAAACAGUCGGAGAAGACGACUCGCGUGCGAACGGUGCUGAACGAGAAGCAGCUGCACACGUUGCGGACCUGCUACAACGCCAACCCACGGCCGGACGCGCUGAUGAAGGAGCAGCUGGUGGAGAUGACGGGCCUGAGCCCCAGGGUGAUCCGGGUCUGGUUCCAGAACAAACGCUGCAAGGACAAGAAGAAGUCCAUCCUGAUGAAGCAGCUCCAGCAGCAGCAGCACAGUGAUAAGACUGUAAGCAUCUUCAACCUCCAAGGUCUCACAGGGACGCCUCUCGUGGCCGGAAGUCCGAUCCGGCACGAGGGCACAGUGCAGGGGAACCCGGUGGAGGUCCAGACCUACCAGCCUCCAUGGAAGGCUCUGAGUGAGUUUGCUCUGCAGAGCGACCUGGACCAGCCGGCCUUCCAACAACUGGUCUCUUUCUCUGAAUCGGGUUCUCUCGGGAACUCUUCGGGCAGCGACGUGACGUCCCUGUCCUCCCAGUUACCGGACACCCCGAACAGUAUGGUACCUAGUCCGGUGGAGACGUGAGACCUGAUGUUGGUGUCUCACUCCCUCUUCCUCCCGAACACACCUCCACCUCCACCUUUCUGCAAGGACAGUUGCAGCAUGAUCCCGGCCCCCUCCUCCUCCUUGUCCUCCAUAAUUCUCCCUGCAUGUGACCAGAUCAUCACAUCACCCCGAUUUCUGAGGAUUUUCUUCUUUUUUUAUUCUCUGAGGAGACGGAGCAGAGAAACGGUUUUGUUCUUGUGACAUCUUGUUGGCAGAAACUGAUGCAUGAAUUGUGGAGGAGAAAGAUGUACAGAAGAGCUUCUGCAGGAUUUACUCCAACAAACAGGGAAAAAAAGAAGAAAACGAGGAAAGAACCGAACUGGAACCCGUUCAGAUGGACUCCGUGCAUUUCCACUGUUGUCUUGUUUCUUCUACAUGAACAUUUUUAUACGUUUCUGCGUCGAGUCCGGCUGACUCUUUGUCUUACAGUCAGUGCAUGGUAGUCUGAAAAAGUAUCGGUGUUGUAAAAUACUUUUAUCUUAAGGGCAGCGUUCAGGUUGUUUGAGCUUCUCGGACAAAAAGUAAAUUAUUGUUAUAUUAUUUAUUGUUAGGAAGGCGAGUAUUACCUGUUAAAAUAAAAAUAUGGAUAUAAAAAGUG